AUGCUGGAAUGUCAGGACAGUGGGGCCAAAGGGGCCCCCAUCCACACUAAAAUCUCCUUCUCUAUCUUGGACAUCCUGGAUCCUCAGAAAUUUACCAGGAAAAACAAUCUGGCAGCAGGGAGAAGGGAGUGCAUCCCCCACGCAGGACAGCAGGAGAAAAGUUUGGGAAGAGUUGCAGCGGAAAGAAAUUCAAGCCACCAGAGGAAUAAGCUACAAGCAUAUCAUGAUGCCGACAGCCAAGCAGAGCGGCCGGCAGCCGCCUCGGAGGAGUUGGAGCAAAAGGAGGAGCCGCCGGGCCGAGCCGGGAGCCGCUUAGCCACCGCGGCUGCCUCAGCUGCGCUUCCCUCGCCCGACUUCCCGGCCUCCUCGCCGUCGGAUCUGGACGAGCCCGGCUCUCCGCCGGCAUCCAAGCGGCGACGGGCCGAGUCGAGCUGCGCCAAGCCUCGGCGGGCCAGGACGGCCUUUACCUACGAGCAGCUGGUGGCCCUGGAGAACAAGUUCCGCGCCACGCGGUACUUGUCGGUGUGCGAGCGCCUCAACCUGGCCCUCUCGCUCAGCCUGACCGAGACGCAGGUCAAAAUCUGGUUCCAGAACCGAAGGACCAAGUGGAAGAAACAAAACCCCGGGGUCGAAAGCACGGCGCAGCCGGGGGGCAACGCUCUGCCCCCUGGAGGUGGCGGCGCAGGAGGCAGGCCCAGCCCGCCGGGCCCCAGCGCCUUGGCCUAUCAGACUUUCCCUUCCUACGCCUCUGCCAACGUCUUGUUCCCGGCCGGGGCUCCUCUCCCGCUCCCCGCAGCAGUUGGAGGGGGCCCCUUCCCUCCUUUCCUCAGCCCGACUUACUUGGCUCCAUUUUAUACCCCUCACCUAUAGAGGGUUACCAGCCUUGCAGAGCCUGCAGCUAUUCCCUCUGCAGGGGUGGAGACCAACAAACUCUGUUGUGUUUAAGCAAAGAAAGGAAGAAAAGAGUCGUGCAUUUUACCGUCUCUGCUCAUGCACUGUUUUACUAGGUCUUGCUUAGGAGCAUGCUAACUGUUCUGCCACCGAGGGAUCACCACUACCCAGGUUCUUUUUCAAAAAACAAACGCAUCCGUCGGUGUAUGGAAAAUGUGGGCCAAAAGGAUCAACCUCCAAUUUCUUUUAUUUUUCCCGCCAUGAGAAGAUGCAAAAAGCAACAGCUCCCUGAAGUUUGGGAAACCUGUUGGCAGCAGAGUGACUUUCAAUACCAAGAAGGUGUAUUUUUUAAAAAAACAGAUAUACACUAUUUGAUAUUUAUAUAGCCGAUGGCUGGCAUACAGAGAAUGGAAGAAGACACAAAUCUUGUGGAUUUAUCAAUGAGCCAAAGGGCAGCUGAAGCUGGUACUACUCUUCCCCCUCAUCCGUUCCCACCCCUCCUAGAUUCGCUGUUGUCCUCACAAGCAGGCCCACUGGCUGUUGUGUGGGGACCUCUGCUG